CCUUGCUGGGAUCGCCCUUCCAGCCUGGCUCACAUCCCAUCUCUGUUCCCUUCCUCCUCCAGUGGACCAGAGCAUGUUUGAGAACACCAGCGCCAGCACGGCACCCACCCCGCGGCUGCAGCACGUCCCUUCCUCGGCGGGCACUCUGCCACAGCCCUCCCGCCCCGCCAGCAGCCAACACCUCCGCAACCUGGGCAAGGCCAUGGGGGCCAAGGUGAACGACCUCCUGCGCCGAAAGGAGCCCGCCGGCCUCCCCAGCGUGGGAGCGAUGGAGGCAAACGCCGGCGUGGGUGCCAUGCUGGGCACAGCACAGCUGGCUGUCGAGGACGGGGCUGUGGAGCUGGAUGCCUUUCCCCGGCUGGACCCCCCACCCCCCAUCACCAAGAAGCGGACACCACGUGCCCUGAAGACCCCGCAGGACAUGCUCAUUGCUCCACAGCCAGAGGAGACCAGUACAAGGAUUGGCACAGAGGAGCCUCCAGAACCACCCACAGCCCACCCUGACCUUGCAGAGGAGCAGCUGGAUACGGGAGACCCAUCCCCUCCAGAAUGCCCUGGGGCACCCAGCAUGACAAGCACCCCAGAGCCCAGCGGGAACCAGCCUACUGGUGCCCUACCCGUGCCUGACCUCAUCCAUAAGGGCAACCAGGAGAGCCAGUGGCGAGUGGGUGAGAGGGCCACUGAGAUGUCACCCCCCACAGAGAAGCCCUCACAGAAACCAAGGCUGGAGCAUGAGCCACCAGGGAGCACGGGGAGGCCAGAGCCACGUACCCCUGGCUGGGAGGUGGAAGGGACCCACCCUGACUUACUGUCUUUUGAGUAGCAGUGGGGGAGCCAUGACAGGGGCAGUGUGGGGGCUGGCUCUCCCAAACAUGUCUCUUGCUGCCACUUGCCAUUUUUGGGGUCUUUAUUUUGGGAGGGGGAGCCCCAGGGUGGAAGGAGCCACUGCGUCCCCAGUGUGGGGCGUGGGGAGCUAUGACAACCUACUUCUCCCCAGAUUCCUGGGAGGGGCACAGCAUGUCCUGCCAUGCCUUUUGUGGCUUCUGCGACCCCACCCUGUUCAAUGCCAAGGUCCUGUCCUGCCACGGUGUCACUACCACCCCAUCUGCAGACAGGAGCCAUGCUGAGCUGGGGACCAAAGGGAGGGGGGGGCAGAAGUGUCAGUCUGCCCCAACCCCAUCAGCUCUGCUGGAGUGAAUGUUCCACACUAUUGUUCCCCAUUUGUGUGCUGGCCGCCUUGGUCUAGAGGACUUCCCCAGCUUAUGCCAUGUGCUUGCCAAGAUAUUCCAUCCCAGGGUGCCAGCAGGCUCACCCAGCUCUAGUGCUGGCUGCCAGGGUGCUGGGAGGGCAGAAGUGCCCAGGACCUUCUGCAGGUGAUGAUCCCAUGGCAGUACUCUGCCCAGUGCCAUGUCUCUGCAGCAGAGCCUCAGAUGCAGGAGACCUGCUCACAGCACGGGCUCUGGUGCCAAGCUCCUGUGAGACCCCCUUCCCCACUUAUUUCCUGGUCUCACCCCAGCCAUCAUGGACAGGACCGCCCUGUCCAGGCAGGCAGCCCACUCCAUAUGGGCCAGUGUCACUGAUGUCAGCGAUGUCUUUGCAGGACACAAGAAGCCACAUGGUUCUCUGAUACUGCUCUAUGAGUGUUACCCCAUGGAUUACAGGAGGGUUAGCCAGCCUGUGGACCCCAGGGCCAGUGCAAGGAAGCAGUUAUGAGAUGGAACUUUUUGCUUGGAGCUUUUAUGUAUACCUUUACCACAAAAGUGGCUUUGAGAAGAAAAGCUCCAAAGCCCAGAUUUGGGCUGGAGGAGGCAAGGAGCUCAUAGGUGGGCACUUCUGCUUGCAGCUCCUUCUGGGCC